GUGAAUGAACACAUCCUUUUGAAGAGGAGAGUAGUCCACGCAUGCCGGCGCCUCUUGUGGAGCUCUGGGGCUGCUGCUCGCUCCCAUGGAGAGCUUGACCGUCACGCUCGCUCCCAACCUGCCGGAGAUAAAGAGAAUUCGAGGGGCUCAAAAUUUGAGUUGGUGUUGCUCUGACGCUGUCCAGCUGAAGUUUGGGAUCCAUCCAAUUCAGGGGAAUGUGCAAAGAACAAGAAAUUCCUUCUUUUGUGUUUCUCAGAAGCCUAGGCUGGACACAGAUGGCAAACAGCAGCGCAAGUAUCCUCACAAUGUUGAUCUCCCUCCUAUUCUCCCAAAGAAUAAGAAGAAACCAUAUCCAGUUCCAUUCAGAGCCAUACAAGGAGCUGCAAGGGCUGAUAAGAAACUUGCACAGAUGGGAAUAGAGAAGCCUCUUGAACCCCCAAAAAAUGGACUACUUGUGCCUGGGCUAAUUCCUGUGGCGUAUCAGGUUCUGGAUGCAUGGAAAGCUUUAAUCAAAGGCCUGGCUGUGCUUGUCAACUAUGUUCCAGUGUAUGGUUGCAGGUACUGCUCAGAAGUACACAUCGCCCUAACUGGUCAUGAGAUGAAAGAUUGUCAGGGUCCUGGGAAUGGUAACCGCCGAGGACAACAUGAAUGGGUCAGAGGCACAGUUAAUGAUGUGCUCAUCCCCAUAGACUCCUACCACCUCUAUGACCCGUUUGGCAAGCGUAUCAAGCAUGAGCAGAGGUUUGACUAUGACAGGAUCCCAGCCGUUGUGGAGUUAUGCAUUCAAGCCGGUGUGGACUUGCCUGAGUACCCAUCACGUAGAAGGCUUGUCCCCAUCCGCAUGAUAGGGAAGAAAGUAAUAGAUCGCGGUGGUUUUGUAGUUGAGCCAAAGCGUUCUACACGUGAGCAGACUGCACUACUAGAGCUGGAUACAUAUGGUCUGAACAUUUCACCUGAUCCGCCCCCUAUGCCAGAUUCAGAACUGCGUGAUCUUGCAGAGAGGACACUUGAAGCUUGGGAAACUGUUAGAGGAGGAACAGCAAAGUUGAUGAAGAAGUAUAGUGUGAAAGCAUGCGGCUACUGCUCAGAGGUGCACGUAGGGCCAUGGGGUCACAAUGCCAAGUUGUGUGGUUCAUUCAAGCACCAAUGGCGGGAUGGUAAGCAUGGAUGGCAAGACGCGACACUCGACGAGGUGGUACCUCCCAACUACGUAUGGCAUGUGAGAGAUCCAAGUGGGCCGCCACUCAGUUUCCCACUCAAGUCAUAUUAUGGGAAGGCUCCGGCAGUAGUUGAAUUGUGCGUGCAGGCUGGUGCCAUGAUUUCCGACAAGUAUAAACCAAUGAUGAGGUUGGACAUCGUAAUACCAGAUUGUGAAGAAGCCAAACUUGUAGCAUGACACCAUGACAAAGCACCACACGAUUUUAACGUUCUUUUUCCUGUUCAUACACAGACAAUCCAGGUUUUAUGAUUUGUAUCAUUAUUUUAGUUCGUAUGAGAUUCAUAAGCAGCCAUUCACCCCAUCAUGUCUGAUGGCUUGUGUAACAAUUUUGUAUAUGCAUACGCAGAACUUAGAUUGGUACUGAAUAAAGUUUAGAAAGAUCUAAGCUCACUCUGUGAUA